CGGGUGGGCGGUACUUCUUGCUCCACCGCGCGGCGGUCGGUUGUUGUCGCUGUCAGUGCGGCCGGUUCCGGUUCACUCAGGACAUGGCGGCUCCGAGCGACGCCGGCGGGGGCGGCGCGGGGCCGGGACCGGUGCGGCCGCCGCGGCUGCCGCCCGGGGACCUGCGGAGCGUCCUGAUCACGAGCGUGCUCAACCUGGAGCGGCUGGAGCUCGAUCUGUUCAGGGGCCGGCACCACUGGGUGCCCGCGACGCAGCGGCUGUUCGGCGGGCAGAUCGUGGGGCAGGCGCUGGUGGCGGCCGCCCGCGCCGUGAGCCGGGCCGAGCAGGUGCACUCGCUGCACUGCUACUUCGUGCGGGCAGGGGACCCCAAGGUGCCGGUGCUGUACCAGGUGGAGCGGACCCGAACGGGGAAGAGCUUUUCUGUUCGUUCUGUAAAGGCCAUCCAGCACGGACAGCCCAUCUUCACCUGCCAGGUCUCCUUCCAGCUCACCCAGGAGAGCCCAUUGCAGCACCAGUUCACCAUGCCGGCCGUGCCGCCCCCGGAGGAAUUGCUGACACAGGAGGAGCUCAUCCAGAAGUUCCUGCAGGAUCCUAACCUGGCGGAGAGAUACAGAAAACAUCUCAACAAGAUUCAAGCCGAAGAUGUGCCGAUCGAUAUCAAACCUGUGAACCCGCCAGAUGUGUACUGCUCAGAGCCGCAGGAGCCAAAGCAGCUGUUCUGGGUGCGAGCACGAGGCUACAUAGGAGAGACUGACAUGAAGGUUCACUGUUGUGUGGCCGCCUACAUCUCCGACUAUGCCUUCCUGGGCACCGCGCUGCUCCCGCACCGGCUCUACCGCAUCAAGUUCAUGGCUUCCCUUGACCACUCCAUGUGGUUCCAUGCGCCCUUCCGAGCAGAUCAUUGGAUGCUGUACGAGUGUGAGAGCCCCUGGGCUGGUGGGUGCCGGGGGCUGGUGCAGGGCCGGCUGUGGCGCAGGGACGGGGUCCUGGCUGUCACCUGCACACAAGAAGGAGUCAUCAGGGUGGAACAAACACCAAACCAGAGCAAGCUUUAGCUGAGGAACCGGUGGCAGCGGCACUACCACCCCACCAUGUGCUGGUGCUCAGGUACACCAGGACCAAAACUGAUGUCAGCAUGACAGGACCUGGGUGACAGCGGGAUGGAGCCUCGAAGGAGAUGGGGCUGGACUCAGCACUGUGGGGAGCUGGUGCCAGAGGCCCUCAGGGACCCGCAGGAACAUCCACUGUCACUGGUUACCAGCCGCACCACAUGUAACUGCACACCACAUCAACCGCACACCACAUGUAACCACACACCACAUGUAACCGCACACCACAAUCAGCUGCACACGUAAACACACAUGACAAUCGGACACACUUCACCUCCCCUAAAUAAAUCUGACCCCUGGAGUUUGUCCCCUUG